GUCAGAGUAAAAAAACAACACAUUCGUGUGUUUGUUUGAUUAAAAUUGUUAAUAUGUUUAUUGACUUUUGUUUUACACAUUUCUGAGCAUGCGCACUGACGCCCUGUGACAUUCUGAUGAUCGUUUACCGGUAGUUGAUCUCCGUUGGGAAACAUUGCGUACCGGAGCCGGUUAUGGCGUCGGUGAGUCGUGCUGGAUCAUGAGGUGUUGGGAUUCGUCUUUAUUCAGAUAUUGGAGAGUGUAAAGAGACUGUGGCCAUGGCUGGGGUGUUUGAUAUCGACUUGGACCCGCCGGAGGACAACGUGUCAGAUGAGGAGCUCUCCGACGGGGCCAAGAUUAAUGAAUAUAUAGACCCGUGCAGCGGUUUUGAAUUUAUGGAAGAUUGUGAGAAGUUUGAGAUCUCUGAAGACAGUGUAAAUCAAGGAACUGAGAAGAUUCGUCCGGAGUGUUUUGAGUUGCUUCGUGUUUUGGGUAAAGGUGGAUAUGGAAAGGUUUUCCAAGUUCGCAAGGUUGCUGGGGCAGCUUCUGGGAAGAUAUUUGCCAUGAAGGUCCUGAAGAAGGCCAUGAUUGUACGCAAUGCAAAAGACACUGCUCACACUAAAGCAGAAAGAAGCAUCCUGGAGGAAGUUAAGCAUCCCUUCAUUGUGGACCUUAUAUAUGCCUUUCAGACAGGAGAAAAACUUUAUCUCAUCCUGGAGUACCUCAGCGGUGGAGAGCUGUUCAUGCAGCUGGAGAGGGAGGGGAUCUUCUUGGAGGACACGGCCUGCUUUUACCUGGCAGAGAUUUCCCUGGCCUUAGGUCACCUUCAUCAGAAGGGCAUCAUCUACAGGGAUCUGAAACCAGAGAACAUCAUGCUAAAUUACAACGGUCAUGUCAAGCUGACAGACUUUGGACUUUGUAAGGAGUCGAUUCACGACGGUACCGUCACACACACCUUCUGUGGAACCAUAGAGUACAUGGCACCAGAAAUCCUCACCAGAAGUGGCCAUAACCGAGCUGUGGACUGGUGGAGUCUGGGAGCCCUGAUGUAUGACAUGCUAACAGGAGCUCCGCCGUUCACAGCGGAGAAUCGGAAAAAGACCAUUGACAAAAUCCUGAAGUGCAAACUAAACCUUCCACCGUACCUCACCCAAGAGGCUCGAGACCUCCUCAAAAAGUUGCUGAAGAGAAAUGCAUCGGUACGAAUAGGAGCAAGUCCUAGAGAUGUUUUAGACAUCCAGCGCCACUCUUUCUUCAGACACUUAAACUGGGAUGAUCUGCUGGCUUUUAAAAUUGAUCCUCCAUUCAAACCCUUUUUGCAAUCCGCAGAUGAUGUUAGCCAGUUUGACUCAAAGUUCACUAGUCAGACUCCCGUGGACAGCCCUGAUGACACGAAGCUCAGUGAAAGCGCCAACCAAGUCUUCCUGGGCUUUACAUACAUAGCUCCAUCUGUGCUGGAAAACAUCAAGGAAAAGUUCACUUUUGAGCCAAAAUCCCGGUCACCUCGCAAGGUUCUGGGAAGCCCAAGAACACCAGUGAGCCCGUUGAAGGCUGAAGGGGAAGACGGUUGGUCUCGAGGUCCACUCUUCCCAGAAGUGACCACCUCCACCUCCUCCUCUCUCCUGCCGCCCACUGGUGCACCAAAGCAGGCGUCUAAUGUGGAGCAGAUGGACAUGAGCAGCAACAUGGAGGCCUCUGCCCCGCUCCCUAUCAAAAAACCACUGGGAUCCAACACCGGAUCCUUCAUGAAACAACCUCAUCCAGUGGGCGGCAGGAGACCCAAGCAUUUGAAAAUGAAGCUUUGAUGAACAUCUUUUGAGUUUUGCACUUUAGGAAUUAGUUCGAUUGCCCAGAAUGCCUUUCUGCACCCGGUUUCAAUCUCGUAAAUACUUGCCACCUCACACAAGCAUGCAGAGCUUGUUCAGGGUGUUGUUGAUCCAAAUGCUGCUUGCUACGAAAAACACAGAGACCACUUUUGCUUGUCAGGUGACCCCGAGCAUGAUAUUUACUGUUUAUUCUUUAUAAUUCAUGCUCGUGCUAAAAAACAAAGCAAGAGAUAAAUCAUAAUAUCUUCUGAUCUAUAUUUGGCGUUUGCUCUGAGAUUGGGCUGCUUUAUAAUUGUGUUUUUUUUGGGAUGGGAAUUUUUUGGGGGGAUGGGGAUAGAUCAAUGAAAAAUGUAAUUUACUUUUCCGCUAGACAUCACUUUUUUUUUCUUCAGUAGAAUAUUAAGGAAUAUUUUUAGCUGAGUUCAUUGGUAAUUCAUAAAAUGACAAUGUCAAUGAAUGUCAGCACUUUGAGAGUUGAGAAAACAUAUACAGGCAAAAUGAAACCCACAGACUCUGAUGAUACAGUAAGGACUUCUGAAGAGAAACGGUCAAUAUGUCUGAGAAACUGUACAUUAUUUACCAUUCUUACCUUUAAUUUCUUGCACAGACCAAUUGUUUCGCUUUUACAGUAUAUGGCUUCGGUGUAUCAUCAGGAGUCACAGGUAUUCAUUUUGUAUUGCCUGCAUAUGGUUUUUAUGACUCUUAAUGUGCAGAUAAUCCCUAACUUUCUGACCUCAGUUUGAGCGAAACAUCUUUAAUGUCAUACUGAAGAGAAAAAGGUGGCCUGAAGUAGAAUAAAUCAACAGCCAUAUAUUAUUUGCAUGAAUUAUCCCUCAAAAGGGAUAAGAGAAGAUUCUUUAUAUAUUAUAACCGAAUUUAAUUUGUGAUGUGACUUAAUUCCCUAGUGGUGUUAGCCUAAGCUACCAACUGUGAUAUAAGCUGUUUUUUUCUUUAGUAUUUUGCAAUGCUCUUUUCUGUACGUUUAUACAGCAGUGUUGAAUGAUUUCAAAACACCUCUGUUCUUGAUUAAUUUAAAAUUCAUACAUUUAAGUAUGAAUCUACCUUGCAUUUACCUGCAACAGUCAAAUCACUGUUUUUAGCAUUAUUUUUCCAGCUGUCUGACGUACUUUAGUUUCCAGAAUGCAUCAUUCUGACCAAAGAAUACUUAAAAUAGCAGAGAACACAAGAAAAAUAAUCAAGUGUAUAAAUACCUCUCAGCCACAUCCACUGACAUUAAUAUGCUGUUACACUUUUGUGGAAAAUAAGUGUAUAUUCACUUUUCAGCUUCACCUUAGUAUUAAAUACAGCAAGGUAACAGAUCUGAAAUCGUUUCAGUAAACAGUAAUUCAUAAUUGUAUUUAUUUUUUCUCCAAAAUUGUGUUUUGGUUUUAUUUUUAUCUAUUUAUUUUCUCUUCAUGUGCCAUUUGUUUUUGUAAACUAUGCAAAUUAUUUAAUCACCACAGUCAAGAAUGUUGUUCAGGAUUUUGCUGGAUUAGGACGCAAAAACAAAACACCCUCCUUUAAUUUGCAUUAUACAGUGUUUCUUUCUAUGGUGGUGUGGGAGUAAAAAAUAUAGUUUUAUUUUUUUAAUAUAAUUCAGGAUGUACAUACACUAUAUAAGGGAAAGAUAUCUACUGGGUUAUAUACGUGUAGAAAUCUGUGGUGGAGGGGAAAUCCAGAAUAUUUAAGCAUAAUAAAACAAAAAACCUAAAUCAGUAUUUGAUUGCUGUAUAUAUCAUAUACAUUAUUCAUCAUUGUUGGUGCUCUUUUCUUGUGAUAUAAUUACAGUAGAUACAAAAAAAGUGGGAUAAUGUGAGACUUUAACCCGGUUGGCGCUGAAUCUGCAUUCUUUUACAUGCAAGAAAGCUUUAUUUAGACAAAGCCGUCGUUUACUUUAUCACAGGCAUUCCUGUGGUGGUCAAACUGCUGUAUUAUAUUCAUAACUGAACAUCCUCAUCAGUAAAACUGCAUUUAGCAUCCCCUUUUUCCAAAGGAAGCAUAAAAAAGGCUGGCUUUCUUCAUUAAAACGAUGUUCUGUUGUGACACUGGUACUCGCUGUUUGAAUGUGAUGUUAACCUCACAUCCCCCGAUUAAAAUUUCAGUCGAGUAGAUUGCAAUUGUGGUCGGACAUUAAGAGGCCAUUGCUCUGACUGAAUUGUAUGGAGUUUACACCAGUUUCCAUCAAGCCAAUAAUUGGCCGUACUCACUAUGCACAGAAAGCAGGAUUUCGAAUAUCUCAAGCUGUCAAAUACAGUGCCUACUGAUAAACAACAGCCUGCCGUGCCGCAGUGCUUAAUGCUCUGUAAUGGCGUCAUAUGAAGGCCUUUGACCAGCAGCUUAAUUAAAUAGCCUCAUUAUCGGUACUUUGACCAUGGAAGCGUUGCUUUUUGCAUUUUUCUACGCUGUUAUUGACCGCUUGUUCAAACGACGCAAUGCUGGCUGGACGAAAAAGGUUCGUAAUGUGUCGUAAAUGGCUUCGUGUAUCACUUUAUUUGACAGUCUGUGGUCAUAAUUUACCGGGAGACUGGGUUUAAAACCUCUCAACCGGUCUUUUGCUGAUUAACGCAGUCACGUUGGGAUAUUAAGACGUAACUCGGUGCUAAGUGUUAAUGGUUUAGGUUUUUUUUUUAUAUCUUUAUUUCAAUAUGCUCCUAUAAAAAUCUAAUGUGGUGUGUAAUUAAGCUUUAGAAAGUGCUGAACCGAAUCUGAUCUUGAAAAUCCUUAGGUGUUGGCGAUAAAUCCGCACUAACCUGCUGGUAAAAAUGAUUAGAAAUGCUGUCAGACAGUGCAACGUUUGGGCUCAAAACAAACUUAAUGGUUUAAACUAAAGUAUUGAAUGAAGAGAUUGUGUGUAAUGAGUAAUCUGGUGUUCUGUGAUUGCUAAUGUUUGUUUUGAAAAUCAUUUGAACUCAAUCCCUGGUCAAUUCUACACAAUCAAUAAAGUUUAAGAGUAUUUAUCAA